GUCGAAAUCUGCUUUCAGGAGAGAUCAGUAUGUAUUCGCUGGUCUCACUCAUCUUGAUCAGAAACUGAGAGAGAGGGUUAACCGAUAAUGCAUCAUCGCAACCGCCUUCUUCUGAGCUUGCUCUCAGUCAUCAUGGGACUAGCCACAUCUACGGCCCUCGCUGCACUACAAAUCGUUCCCGGAGGGACUUGGACAGCCUCCAACGGCGAACACCUCAACGCGCACGGCGCCGGCGUCAUCCAGGUCAACAACACCUUCUACCUCAUCGGCGAAGACAAAUCCCAAGGUUCCUCCUUUUUUGCCAUCAACUGUUAUUCGUCUGUCGACCUUGUCCAAUGGACGUACGAGGGCGCUUUACUUUCGCGGACAACAUCAUCAGGCGAUCUCGGACCGAACAGAAUCAUUGAACGACCCAAAGUCAUUUACAACGAUCUCACAAAAAAAUAUGUCAUGUGGAUGCAUGUCGACAGCAGUAACUACGGAGACGCCAAAGUAGGCGUGGCGACGAGCGAUACCGUGUGCGGCAAACCUUACAAGUACCAUGGAAGUUUCAGGCCGUUGGGGAUGGAGUCAAGGGAUAUAGGGCUGUUUAAAGAUGAUGAUGAUGAUGGGAGGGCGUAUUUGUUGACGGAGGAUCGCAAAAACGGCCUCCGCAUCAACCCCCUCACCCCGGACUACCUCUCCAUCUCCGGCACCACCUCCACCCACCUUUUUCCCACGGCCAUCGAGUCCCCCGCCCUCCUCAAGCUGUCCGGGCGUUACUUCCUCUUCGGCUCCCACCUAACAGGCUGGUCCCCCAACGACAACGUCUACACCACGUCCACCAAUCUCUCGGGGCCCUGGACCGACUGGAAGGUUUUUGCCGACAAGGGAAGCAACACCUACGCCUCCCAGACCUCUUUUAUCCUCAACUACGGCGGCCCUGGCAAUAUAAUGUACAUGGGCGACAGAUGGCGCUCCUCCAACUUACAGUCUAGCAGCUACAUCUGGCUACCGCUCAAUAUCAGCGACACCACCACCACCACCGUAGUCCUCCUGAAAAACCGCGCGAGUUGGAUCCCCAAUGCGCAAUCUGGUCUACUAUGGGCAGAUAGCCCAGCAGAGAAAAGCUACGAGGGCGAGCGGGGAAGUUACGCAGGGGGCGCGAAAGAGCAUCACCAUCUCAAACAUACAAAGUAA